AUGGACCCCGAUCAAGACGGUCAGAUCGAUCAAGACGAAUUCGUUGCUUAUCUGACUGGCUUACACGCGACCAGAAGCACCGCUUUGGCCAAUCCGGUCAGCAAGACAAGUGUUAAGAUUGCAGCCUCGGCCCUUGCCGAUUUGGCCCACGCCCAAACAACUGCACACGCCCAGAUGGCCUCUUUGCGCUGUUCUCAUCGCUCUGUUCGAGAAGCCUGCUUGCGAUUGCAUGACGAGGUGACGGCUCACCGCACCUCGUCAUCGGCAUCGGCAACAGAGCAAGCUGACGCGGAUCCGUUACUUGAGGUACUGCGCGCUGAAAAGGCACACCUUCUCGAGAACUGCCAGCGUCUACAAGAUGAGGUUGCGGCUCGAAACGGUCAUCUCGGGCAUUAUAUGGCUUUGCUCGAAAUGCGAGCACGUGAAAGCCAAGCGUACCAGGCCGAAGUAGACCGCACACAAGCCGAUUUGGAAGAUGAGCGCUCCAGGUGCAAAGACCUUCAGGAGCAGGUUGAGCAAGCUUCAUUUGACUUGACCGCACUGCGCCAACAAUUGGCAGAAGUCAAAGCCCCGGCAACCAACUCUGAAGACUUAACUGCCAGAAACACGGAGCUGAGUGCAGAGCACGAGCAACUUCAAGUCAACUAUGCCAAGCUAAAGAGUAAAGCACAAAGCUUUGCUUCCGAGCUCAAGGCAGCACGCGUACGCCUUCGCGAGCUGGACGCUCAGGAGGCUCGGCGACAAGAUGAUGAUGCCAAGGCCAUGCGGGCGCGACAAGCGUUGGAAGAGGAGUUAAUCACUUUGCGCGCAAUGCAGCAGUCAGCUGAUCCUGAACUAGUCGAGAAUAAGUCAAGUGUGAAUGAGCUUCAGCAACAGCUCGAGGCUGCGCAAGAGUCCCACCAAGCUGCAGCGGAACGCGCGAGUGCUGCUCAAGUCAAGCUUGACACGAUGACGCAGCAAUAUGCAGCUCGUGACCAGGAGCAGCGUGCGAAAGUGGAGGAGCUCGAGUUAGACCUGACUUCUCUUCGCGCAGAGCUUGACUCGGCACGGGCUGCAAGUGAAGCCAGUCAGCUCGAUGCCAAGCAACUCGAGGCUCAAGUGGCCACGCUCACAGAGGAACUUGACUCGGCACGGGCUGCAAGUGAAGCCAGUCAGCUCGAUGCCAAGCAACUUGAAGCUCAAGUGGCCACGCUCACAGAGGAACUUGACCACCUAUCUGAUCGGGAACAGCAGGCUCAGUCUCAAGUGGAAGCAGCUCAGCAAGCCGCUGAGACUGCGCAAGCGCUACUACUCAAGGAGGAACUAUCAAGGCAAGCUAGUGAGGCUCGAGCAGAAGAAGCCCAAACACAUGUGGCUGCAUUAGAGGAAGAGCUACAGCACGUGGGCUUGAAGGUCAAGCAACAGGAAACUGAAAUCCAUGCAUGCCAAUCCAAGAUCGAAGCGUAUGAGUCUGAACAGCAGCAGCAAGCUCUGGUCGAGGCCAAGGAUGAAGAACUGCUCGACGCUACACGAGCUCGCUUCAACGAGCUCCAGGAGCAACAUGAGGCUUUGCGCAGCAACUACGAAAAGCUGAAAAGUAAAGCACAGGGCUUUGCCGCUGAAUUGAAGACGGCACGAGCCAAGCUCCGAGCUCAUGAUGAAGAGGAAACACAGCGCACCGCCGCUCAGGUUGAGGCACAAGCACACGUCGACGCCGAAGCCCAGGCUAAUUUGGCAUCAAUGGAGGCUGAAAGAGCUCAGCUUGCAACCAAAUUGAACACGUUGCAGGCCCGAUUAGCAGGUGUCGAGGACGAGCUGGAUGCCUCGAAUGAAGAGCGCGAGGAACUGGCGUUGGAGUUGUCUCAGAGUAACGAGCAGCUUGCGGCGGCGCAAGUGACUGCAAAAGCCGCCGAAAAGAACCUUCAUGCUUUGCGAGCCGAGCUGACAACCCUCAAGCGGGAGCGGGAUGAAGCAAUACAAGCACUGAAGCAACAUGCACAGCACGAAACGGACGUUGCUGGCGAGUCGCGGCAGCGCCUGGAUGCGUUGUCGGCCGAGCUUGAGGCCGUGGAGCAGGAACGGGAUGAACUGCUGCAAGAACUGGAAGAGCUGACUGCAGAGCGUGCGACGAGUCAAGAAAGUACCACUAAGCAUGCACAAGAAAUGGAGCGUACUCGGAAGGCCUUGUUGGAGGCACAAACUCAGCUUCAAGCCGUCGAGCAGCAGCUUGAAGAGCAGCGACAGCAAAACUCCUCGCUACAGGAUGAGCAUGCAACUGUGCAGAAUGAGCUGACUGCCACCAUCAGUCGCCUUCAAGAUCAAGAGGCUGCAUCAGCUCAGGCGAUAGCAGAUGCUAACAGGGCGGCCGCAACACGGGUUGCUGACCUCGAAGCUGACUUGAAAACGGCGCGGCACGAGCGGGACGUUUUUGAAGAGCAGUUGAGCCAGGCCUCGAAUGCCGCUGCAACUGUCGCUGUCGCUGAGCCACCGCUUCAGACAACCAAAGAGGCAGAUGCGCGGAUCGCAUUGCUCGAAGAGGAACUGACCGGCACACGCCAAGAACUCAGCGAUGUGCGUGAGGAGCUGCGACAGGUUCAAGAUGAACUCGAACAAUUGUUGCGAGAUCAAGAAGCUUCAGAUGCAACCAUUCAAGAGUAUGAGGAGGUCAUCCAGGAGUUGGAGCACAAGUUGGCUCGCUUGGACCAGCCAGCAGAGGACACUGGAAGGAACCAGUCCGAACCGGUUGUCAACUCGAACGAUAUUCCUGAAUCGUCGGUGCCUGCCGACACAACCGACUUGGUGUCCGACUCGGCGCUCGCCUCGGCUUUGCGGGCCUUGCAUCCCGAGCCGGACUCAGAGGAAGCACAUUCCCUCCUCGAGCUGUGCAUGAAGAUGACAGCCGACAAGAAGCGACUGCAACAUGAGCUAGAUGCUCUGGAGACAGAGCUGAACAGGCUGCGCCAGGAGCAACAGAUUAGUGAAGAGAAUCACCUGGUGCUGCGUGAUGCCAUGUUAAAGCAUCUGUCCGGAAUUCGACCAGCGGUGCGCCUCAAACUGAUUUAG